AUUGAUAUCAUGUCUGUUGCACUAACUCCUGCCCAGCUGACUGAAGAACAACAUGCGUUUGACCAAGAAGUUCUACAAGUAGAACAGUGGUGGGCUAGUGACCGUUUCCGACUUGUUACUCGUCCUUACUCUGCUGCUGAUGUUGUCAGCAAAAGAGGAACUCUUCCUGUUGCUUACCCUUCGAAUCAUCAAGCAAAAAAACUAUGGAAUCUGUUGCAGAACCACAAGGCUAAUAAAACCGCUUCUUUUACCUACGGUGCUCUGGAUCCUGUUCAGGUCAUCCAAAUGGGUAAAUACCUCGACACCAUUUACGUGUCAGGAUGGCAGUCGUCUUCCACUGCAUCGUCUUCCAACGAGCCUGGUCCUGAUCUUGCUGACUAUCCUAUGGACACUGUUCCCAACAAGGUGGAGCACUUAUUUUUGGCUCAGCUGUUUCAUGAUCGCAAACAACGUGAAUGUCGUCUGACCUCGACUCCCGAAGUUCGUGCCAAGCUUCCUUAUACCGACUUUCUUCGUCCCAUUAUUGCCGAUGCCGAUACUGGCCACGGUGGCAUCACUGCUAUCAUGAAACUUGCAAAAAUGUUUGUAGAGCGUGGUGCUGCUGGAAUUCAUUUGGAAGAUCAAGCUCCAGGCACUAAAAAAUGCGGCCAUAUGGCUGGCAAGGUUCUGGUUCCCAUCAUGGAGCACAUUAACCGUUUGAUUGCUGUUCGUCUGCAAUUUGACAUCAUGGGUGUUGACAAUCUGAUUGUUGCUCGAACGGAUGCCGAAGCUGCAACUCUGCUUACUUCCACUAUUGACACUCGCGAUCAUUACUUUAUCCUUGGAUCUACCAAUCCUGAUCUAAAACCAUUGGCUACUGUCAUGAUAGCUGCUCAAGGUUCUGGAAAAACUGGUAAUGAAUUACAAGCUGUCGAGACUGAAUGGCUCAAAAAUGCCAAUAUAAUGCUUUACCAUGAAGCUGUUGUCUUGGCACUCAAUGCUUCUGGAAAAAGUUCCAUGUGUGCAGACUUUACUGCAAAGGCUGCUUCCCUCUCCAAUAGUGAUGCUCGUGCGCUUGCAAAAAGCUUGGGUGUAGAUCCCCAUUUUGAUUGGGACGCACCCCGUGUUCGUGAGGGUUACUAUCGCUACCAAGGUGGUACGCCUGCAUGCGUUGCUCGUGGUAGUGCCUAUGCCAAGUAUGCUGAUCUCAUUUGGAUGGAAACUAAAAAACCCAUUUACGAACAAGCUAAACAGUUUGCUGAAGGUGUGCACAAAGUGCUUCCUGAAGCCAUGCUUUCCUACAAUCUGUCUCCUUCCUUCAACUGGGAUGCUGCUGGCAUGUCUGAUGAAAAAAUAUCCAGUUUUAUUGGUGAUCUCGCUAAACUUGGGUUUACUUGGCAGUUUAUCACGCUUGGUGGAUUUCAUUCAAAUGCUCUUAUUACCGAUGUAUUUGCUCGCGACUAUGCCAAGCGAGGAAUGCUUGCAUAUGUUCAAACGAUCCAACGUGAGGAACGUGUCAACAACGUCGAGACGCUCGCACACCAAAAGUGGUCUGGUGCUGAAUACUAUGACAAUCUAAUCAAAACUGUUCAAGGAGGCGUAGCAUCCACUGCUGCCAUGGGAAAGGGUGUGACCGAAUCUCAGUUCCAUUGAUUACCUUCAACUUUUCUUGCACUACCUCGAGUUUGCUUGAUUUGUUAUUUUAUUUCAAUAUUCAACUUGCACAAUGAGCCAAUCUAUUCUUAUGAAUUGAAUGUUUUACGAUUGUGUCUUGUCGGUUGAAUAAAAACAGUUUCGGAUUUAAACUUUUUGAU